CUCCCAGGCCAUCUCGCAGGCUGCGGCGGCAGCGGAGAGGCGUCCACAGCGCGGCGGAGCGGGCGGCCGAGCAGGGCGGCGGCGACUCGGGGUCACUGCCUUCAGGACAGAGAAGCUGCGGGACUCUGAGGAGCCACCUCCUGAUUUGGGAAGCCCCACCUGCCGUGGCCUGACAGUUGCUCUGCUGAUUCGUCCCAUCAGCCUGGCUUGGUGAAACAGAAUCACAGGGGAGAUUUCCAGGUUUGCUGGGAUGGGAAACCUGCUCAAAGUCCUUACCAGGGAAAUUGAAAACUAUCCUCAUUUUUUCCUGGAUUUUGAAAAUGCCCAGCCCACAGAAGGAGAGAGGGAAAUAUGGAACCAGAUCAGCGCUGUCCUCCAGGAUUCCGAGAGCAUCCUUGCAGACCUCCAAGCUUACAAAGGCGCUGGGCCGGAGAUCCGAGACGCAAUUCAAAACCCCAAUGACAUUCAGCUUCAAGAAAAAGCCUGGAAUGCAGUGUGUCCUCUGGUUGUGAGACUAAAGAGAUUUUAUGAGUUUUCUAUACGCCUAGAAAAAGCUCUUCAGAGUUUAUUGGAAUCGCUGACUUGUCCGCCCUACACGCCAACCCAGCACCUGGAACGGGAACAGGCCCUGGCAAAGGAGUUUGCAGAAAUUUUACAUUUUACCCUUCGAUUUGAUGAGCUGAAGAUGAGAAACCCAGCCAUUCAGAACGACUUUAGCUACUACAGGAGGACAAUAAGUCGCAACCGCAUCAACAACAUGCAUCUAGACAUUGAGAAUGAAGUUAAUAAUGAGAUGGCCAAUCGAAUGUCCCUCUUCUAUGCAGAAGCCACACCCAUGCUGAAAACCCUUAGCAAUGCCACAAUGCACUUUGUCUCUGAAAACAAAACCCUGCCAAUAGAGAACACCACAGACUGCCUCAGCACUAUGACAAGUGUUUGCAAAGUCAUGCUGGAAACUCCGGAGUACAGGAGUAGGUUCACGAGCGAAGAAACACUGAUGUUCUGCAUGAGGGUGAUGGUGGGGGUCAUCAUCCUCUACGACCACGUCCACCCGGUGGGAGCCUUCUGCAAGACAUCCAAGAUCGAUAUGAAGGGCUGCAUAAAGGUGUUGAAGGAACAGGCCCCAGACAGUGUGGAGGGGCUGCUGAACGCCCUCAGGUUCACUACAAAGCACUUGAAUGAUGAGUCCACUUCCAAACAGAUUCGAGCAAUGCUUCAGUAGAGCUCUGCUCAAAGAAGAGGAUCUGUGUGCUGACCUCAGAAGAUGUAUAUGUUUACAUAAUUUAAUACAGAUUGAUGUUAAUACUUGUGUAUUUACAUAACCGUUUCCUUCCUGUCACUGAAAUAUAUGGACCUUAAUUUGUAUCCUGACUGACUCAACCCAGCAGAGCAUAAAUUGACUUGAGAGCCUUACCUUUGAUGUCUGAAACGAAACCCCCUUCUCCAAAGGCCGAAUUUGGAGAUUUUGAUCUUUGCUACCGGAGUCCUUUAAUGACACCUGUAACAAUCAGAAAUUCCUAAUAGUUUGUGGUAGUGUUAUAACUCUAGAUGUGUUAUCUCUCUGGGAAGUAUAGCUUAUAGAAACACAAAGCAUUUGAUUUCCUGUGUCGGCUCAGCUACAAGAAAUACAACCGUUAUCCUGACGGAGGGAGAGAGAAAUUCACGAAAAGAAAUGCAUGUGGAGAAUCAAACCCAAGUGUUCUGAAUUCAGCACGCCCCCUCUCAGCCUGCAAAGCACACGUGCAACUCUGCUGUUCGCACAUGUUUUAUUAAUCAGCAUAUUCCCUUUCUGUCUGGAUUUGGGUCCCUCUAACAUUCCCUUUUACUUUUGUGAGAGGAAAAAUCACCUGGAUUUUCGCUGGAUAGUGAGGGAGCAUGGGGGUACAACAAUGGGUUCUUGCAGCUGGAUUGAGGAAGGUGGUUGUCUUUAGAAUAUUCGUGAGAGGUGACAUCAGUCCACAUCGACCCUCUGCCUCCUGGGACAGGAAAGUGAAGGUUCGACUUUGAGGUCAAAGGUAAAUUUGCUGAUUUAGGUCUGGGGACACAGUUCCUCCUGUCAGGGGAGCCCUGUCUUCUACCCAUGUGGACCAUUCAUGUGGGAACAGAAGUCUAGGACAUGUUUUUAGUUACCAGAAACCUGGGGGAAUUUAGGGAAGAAAAUGUACAUUUCAGGUUACCUGGUAUUUAAGAGACAACUCCUUCCUGCUCUUGUUGCUAGGUUGUUGCAGUGGGAAAGCUCUGGUCUAAGUACCUGGAUUUAGUCCUUGGCCUACUAAUGAAACACAGCAUGAUCUUAGGAAAUUUUCUUAGCUUUCUACAUCUCAGCUUCCUCAUCUAUAACAUGGCAAUUAAAGCAGACAAUCUCCAAGAAUCCUGUAAGAUUAGGAGCUGAUAAAAUGACUGGCUCUGCCAUUCUUGUUCUGGGUCCAUGCCAGUAAGCAUUGCCCCACUGUCUUAAUGACUAUCAACAUUACGAGGCCUGUAGUCAUUCUGUCUGCAGAGCAGAGCUUAGUUAGAAUGAAAUCUUGGAAACCUAUCCUGACCUCCAGUGGGAACAUAAGGCCCAGCAUCUGUGGUCAUCCAGGAUGGCUCCCAGGUGGAGCUGGAUCCAAGAUGCUUCCCUCCUGAGUCCCCAUAGUCUUCCUUUUUCACCAUGUGGCCUGAGUUUAUACUAUGGGAUGGGACUGGACCAUUGUAGAGAAAUACUCAGUCUGGCCUAUAUUACUUCUUGCCUAUUUCUGCUAGAAGCAGAGUUGCCUAGAUAGUAAGUGAAUGAUGAUCCUGGGUAUUGGGUCCUGGUACAUCAAGGUUUGGCAUCAUUUGCAACAUUCCAAGGAAUGAGAUACCUUUGCUUUCUGGCCUUUAGUGCCCAGCUGACAUUCCCUUGUAUAUUUGGUACAUACAUACAUUUAUGUUGUCCAAGAAAAGGGGGUAUAUGCCUGUUCUGUUGUGUCUUAACAAAGAAAUGCAGUCAAAUGGCAGGAAAGAGUCCCUGGUUUAUAUGUCAAUGUCAGUCAACCAAUGAAGACAAGGCCCUUUUCCUUAGUUUUUCAAGCUGAAUAAGCCUGGCUGCUUGGAUGGAGCUUCUCUCAUCAACACAGAAAAAUACUAGAUGGACUUCAAGAGCGUUUCAAACCUAGGAAUUCUAAAACCCUGGAGGAAGCCAGAGAAUGUGGUGAUGCAGAAUGAGCAAAGUCCUUAAAUAUUCAGCCUCAGCGAUGUCCUGCGUGGCAGCCAGGGCUUUGCUUUGGCUUUGCUUAGCCCCUGUCAAGCCUAAGAAUACAGAGUGCACAGUGCUUAUCUUCACUGGGCAUUUCAUUCUUUUCUCAGAUGAGCAGAUUAAAGUUUGAAGAGAAGAAAGGACUUGCCAAUUGCCACUGGGUUCUUGAGGCACUGACCCAGGGACUCGAACCCAAGCCAUGUGUCCACACCACAGCUGCCUCUCAGCCAGCUAAAUGAAAAAAAAAAAAAAAAAAUGUUAGGGAUUAUCUGUCAAAUAGUAUAUAUA